UUUUAAUGAAGAAUUAAAGCAGAAAUCCAAUUACUCUUUUGAAUAAAUUCGUGUGAUUUGAUAUCUAUAAAUUCAUAGUAUAAAAAGUAUAUAUAUUUUAGAAAUUUUCUUUCUCUUAAAACUCGAAGAAACUCUGUACACCAAAUACCGUGUUUCUGCAGCCGUUGAAUCCUUUACGAAUAAGUGCUAUCACAUUAAAACUAUUUAUCCUCUUUGUUCCCAUGGAUGCUGCUUCCAUAGUAAAUGUUAUCCGACGAGCUGAUGGUGAAGAGGAUGAUAAGGAUCCAGCUUUACAAGAACUGUAUUCAAGCUGGGCUCUGUUCAUUCUUCUUGUUCUCCUGAUUGGUGCUCUUCUUACUAGUUACUAUGUUCAAUCAAAGAAGAUUCGCGCCAUUCACGAAACGGUCAUUUCCGUAUUUGUUGGUAUGGUUGUCGGCCUAAUUAUUCGGGUUUCUCCUGGAUUAAUUAUUCAAAAUAUGGUUUCUUUUCACUCUACAUAUUUUUUUAAUGUUCUACUUCCGCCAAUUAUCCUUAACUCGGGCUACGAGUUGCAUCAGUCAAAUUUCUUUCGAAAUAUAGGGACUAUCCUUACAUUUGCUUUUGCCGGUACCUUUAUAUCUGCGGUCACUUUGGGAAUAUUGGUUUACAUAUUCUCGUUUUUGAACUUUGAGAACUUCCAUAUGUCCUUUGUCGAAGCAUUAUCCAUGGGAGCUACUUUAUCAGCCACGGAUCCCGUAACCGUUCUUGCUAUUUUCAAUUCUUAUAAAGUGGAUCAAAAGCUUUAUACCAUUAUUUUUGGCGAAAGUAUUUUAAACGACGCGGUUGCUAUUGUUAUGUUUGAAACUUUGCAACAGUUUCAAGGAAAACAACUUCAUUUGUUCACCCUAUUUAACGGUAUAACAAUUUUUAUUAUCACUUUUUUCAUCAGUCUGUUAAUCGGUGUUUCCGUUGGACUUAUGACGGCUCUGGUUCUUAAAUAUUCUUAUCUGCGACGUUACCCUCAUAUAGAAUCUUGUAUCAUCUUGCUUAUGGCGUAUGCUUCAUAUUUUUUCUCAAAUGGAUGUCACAUGUCUGGUGUUGUUUCGCUUUUGUUUUGCGGAAUUACCUUGAAACAUUAUGCUUUUUAUAAUAUGUCUUACAAAGCAAAAUUGAGCACUAAAUACGUUUUCCGUGUCCUUGCUCAAUUAUCUGAGAACUUUAUAUUUAUUUAUUUGGGAAUGUCCUUAUUUACACAGGUUGAUUUGGUCUAUAAGCCUAUAUUUAUUUUGAUCACGACGAUUGCGGUAACAGCUUCUAGAUAUAUGAACGUGUUCCCUUUAAGUAAGUUAUUGAACAAAUUUCAUCGUCAAAGGGACGGAACUCUCAUAGACCAUAUCCCAUAUAGCUACCAAAUGAUGCUUUUCUGGGCUGGUCUUCGCGGAGCUGUAGGCGUCGCUUUGGCCGCUGGCUUUGAAGGUGAGAAUGCCCAGACGUUGAAGGCUACAACGCUUGUUGUAGUCGUGCUGUCUCUUAUCAUUUUCGGUGGAACUACUUCUCGCAUGCUUGAAAUUUUAAACAUUGAGACCGGCGUAGCUGCCGAUGUGGAUAGCGAUACCGAAUUUUCCAUGCUUCCAUGGCAGGCCACAGCUGAUUAUGAAUUAGAAAAUGGAGCUAUGGAGCUUUCCAAUGCGUCUCUUGAUUCUUCUGUCCCUGAUCGGCCAGUGGUGCCAGAGGAUUAUGAGCAUGCAGGAGUAUUACCUGAGGCUAGUCCUUCAAAGAAAAUUUCUAAUACUUUCGAACAGUACCAAAAAGCUGCUGGAGCAUUCAAUCAUUUUUUCCACGCAUCUAGAGAUGACCAAGCCCAAUGGUUUUCACGCUUUGACGAAGAAGUUAUUAAACCCGUUUUGUUGGAACGAGAUGUCUCAAGAAGUAGUCCGAAGAAGUGAAAGUUUCGUUGCCUAUAAAUUAGAAAGGUCAUACAAUAUUUUAGUAAUGCCAUAAUGAUUCUAAGCGUUUAAAAUAAAU